GUGUGGGAAACAACAACGAUGGCAUUUUGGUGUUGGGAGCCACCAACAUUCCCUGGGUGCUUGAUGCUGCUAUCCGCCGAAGAUUUGAAAAGCGCAUCUACAUCGCUCUGCCGGAGGAGUCGGCCCGGGCUCAGAUGUUUCGUCUACACCUGGGCAACACGCCUCACAGCCUGAGCGAGGGUGACUUGCGGCAGCUUGCUCACAAAACAGACGGCUACUCUGGUGCUGACAUCAGCAUCAUCGUACGGGAUGCCCUCAUGCAGCCUGUUCGGAAGGUCCAGUCCGCAACACACUUUAAAAAGAUUAGCGGCCCGUCCCGCAGCAACAAUCAGGUCAUGGUGGACGACCUCUUGACGCCUUGUUCACCUGGUGACCCUGCUGCCCUAGAGAUGACCUGGAUGGAUGUGCCGAGUGAUAAGUUGCUAGAGCCAAUAGUCUGCAUGUCGGACAUGCUGCGGUCCCUUUCCACCACUCGCCCAACAGUCAACACUGAAGAUCUGCUCAAGGUCAAGAAGUUCACAGAGGACUUUGGGAUGGAAGGCUGAGUGAAAUACUUCCCCCAUCUUAAAUGAGUCAAACUGCUCCGAGCAAACAUACCAGUCUAGCAAACAAAUGCCAUUCUCAUCAUUGUACCCUCCCCCCACCCCCUCCCUGCCCCCCUCCUAGCCUUAUAUCACCAUACUGCACUUGGUUCAUUGCCUCUCUUGGAUUCCAAGACUUGCAACGGUUUUCACCCAGAAGAAUCAUCCACUCGACCCGUUUUGAAUUCUGGAGAUUGCUGACCAAAUGCCGCGAAGAGAAAACUCGGCACGACUCCCUAUUUUAGAUGAUGCAUCAUUAAAAAGCUGCCGCUACAGCACAACCCAGGUGACAAGGGGUAACUGAAGGAUUGGACAUUUUGUUGCGCUGUGGUUCACUUUGCUUUUGGAUUGAAGGAGAUUGACAACGUGUUUUAUUUCAUGUCUCUGUCUUAAUGCACACACCUUGUUGUUAUUUAGAGUUACUUGUUUUGAGUGUCAUGUUGUAAAUCAUUGCUGCCUCUACCACAUCUCUGUGUAUCAGGCAUUUUACCCUUAACGGGUGACUUUUAAAUAUUAAUUGAUACUAAACAUCAAUGGAGCAAAUCUGUCUCUUGGUUGAAAUUACACAUGGGCAAAUGCCUAAAAGCUGGUAUUGACCAUUUAAACAUUCAGAAACACUGUACGGUUUGUGACACAGGCUCUUGGCAUGUCAGGGUGUAAAUUGGUUACAAUUUUUAUUCUCGUAGUCAACAUAGGCAAUGUCCAUUUGUUGAUGAUUUAGCACCCACAAGUUUCUUUCCUCAAAAUAUUUUACGAAAGUCAAAGGAGAUUGUUCAAGCAUAUCUUUCGAGCAGUUUCUGCUCAUGAUUCGAAUGAAGACACUGCAUCAGUAUCUUACAGUCUAUCUGUAAGUGAUGGACUUGGUAUGCUGUGAGUGCGUCGUUGUAUUCAUGUGAAAGUUACUACUAAUUACUACAACUGAAUUACUACUAAUUCAAGGUGCAUAAAUAAAGAUGACCUUUUCAGUGGAAUGGACACUUUUUGGCAGUCUGUCAUCAAGAACAAGUACCGGUACUCUAUUAUAGACUUGUGAAUAUCAGCUAUCUAUUGCAUUUCUGCUAUUUGCUUUAUUUUAGGGGCAAUCAAGCUGAUGGGGAAUGGGGAGGAAAACCUGCAGCAAAUAUUGUACCUAUUAAUCUGGAAGUUCAGGUUGUACAAGUUGAAAGUAUUGAAUAUGCCUCCAUGCGUAUUAAAGAAAUUUAGAAUAGCUUGACAAUUUGGGUAUUUUUUUAGGCAAUAAAAAGUUUUGUUUCA